UCAGCCCUCGCCGCCGUCCCCAUUCUGUUUGGUCAUCUUGAGCAGCUCGCAAAUGAACGACCCUGACCGUGUCGAUGCCCCACCCACACCCACCGGCAAUGACCUGAAGAGGCAGAGAGACGGACAGUGGUGUGUUUGGGGUGUGUGAGGAUGGUCUUACGGUGCCGUCAUUUGGCGCAUGUCUUGCCGCCUUCGGAUGGCAUCCCUCGCACCAUCGGGCAGCCCCCUCUCUGCACAGACACCCAACCCACACACACAGACAGCCGCACAGUGUGUUCACGGGUGCGGCGAAUUUCAUUUCUCUCUCUCUCUUUCUCUCUCACCGAUUGCGUCGACACAGUCGCCCACAGGCUUCCCCUGCCGCAGUGCCUCGACCAGGUUGUCAUAGGCCUGCGAAUACUCCUGUCCACACAAAAAGAAUCAAACCACACACACGUCAUGGACUGAGCAGCCCUCUGUGUGUGGUGUGGUGUCACCGACCCCCCCACCUUGAGCAGCAGCACGGCCUGCGUGACGGCCCAUCGGGCCUGCAGAGUGACGCGCGGCAGCGACCAGGGCGGGAAGAUGUCCCGACCAAGGAACAACCGCUGCAGCAAGUGACAGGACACACACACGCAGAUGAGCACUCAGGUGGGUGUGAUGCCUCCUCUCUCUCCACUGACGGCGCCCAUCCCAUGGUCUCACCAGUGCGGCCUCGUCGCUCCUGCCGCCCUCUGCGUUGCCGAACUGCAGUGCCUCUGCGGCAAUGCCGGCCAUGGUGAUGAUGGACAGCCUGUCGAUGGUCUCACGCCUCAGCUGCCCGCGCAUCACCUUCUCCUUGAUCUCAGGCACGAAAAAGAUCGUACCUAUACACACACACACACAGAGAGAGAUAGAUACAAACACAUCGUGCCCAUCGUCUGUGUGCGGUUGUCUGUCCCACCUCCCUGUCCGGCCACGAGUGCCUUCUCUUUGAAGAGCUGCGGCACCGUCACGAUGCACCGCUGGAUGGGGGCCCCCAGCAGGUAGCCGAUGAGGAAGUGGCCCGCCUCGUGCUUGACAAUCCUCUCCUGGUAGGGGGGAAAGACCACCCGCGCGACGCUCUUUGAGAGAACGGAUCGGAAGAACAGGGAAUCCACCAACACCGCACCACACUGAUGGUGAGUGACACACAUCGAUGGAUGGGCGGAUACGGUGUGUCAUGGGCUGUUGUCUCACCUCUAGAGGCACUAGAAUGUUGAGCGUCUCGGGGGGCAGCAGGGCGAUCUGCGCCAGGGCGAAAGCCACACCGCUGAGACACACACGCAGACACACACCAUCCAGAGAAGUGAGACGCGUCGUGCUGUGCUUUUGGUUGUUCGGUUCGGUCAUGACUUACGCGACGGACCAGAAGACCCCCGAGCCCUUAGGUGUGAGUUUGUCCAAUGUAAAGUUGGUGUACUUCUCUAUGUUGGCAUUCUGCAGCUCCACGUUGGUCUCCGCCUGGCCAGCCAUCGGCCUUUAGGGGACUGUUAUCAAGCGAGUUUGAGUCCAACAGCUCACACAUGCAGGUGCCACAAAACCGUCCGUCCCAUACUCACUCACUCACUCACUCACUCACUUUUCCUCUCUGCCAUCGAACCACUUGGCCAGAACAAAGUUAAUUGCGACUUGAAAGAAAAAGAGCCCUGCGAGGACGACUGCGAGCCGUUCACUUUCCCCUGUCUCCUUCAGCUCUGACACAAAGCGUUCGAGCCAAUCGGGCUGGAUGCCAUCUUGCCUCUCCAGGCUGUACAGAAUGAGCCAUAUGACGAAAAGUUGAGGGAAUGUCUUCGCGGCAAUCCCCUGGACGGCUUUCAAGGUACCCUUGGCGACUACCUUGGCCGCCGUGUCCCACCCUGCUGCAGAAGGGGAGCAGACACAGUGGGUCAAUCAACGGUCUGUGCUGUCCAUUCACCUGGUUGUGGAGCGCUCUCAGUCUCCGUCUUAUCCUGCACUCAAACGGGGAGAUCGAUGCACAUCCACUUAGACGAAUGGCUGCCAGUGAAGUCAUUGAUGGUCUCUCACCGGGCGCGCGUGUGGUCUGCUCGUAGGUUCGGUCAGCAGCCACGGACGAUGCUCGUACUCGUGAGGCUGCGACGUCAGGCCUCCUCUGUGCUUGGUGGUGUGGGAGAGGCGGACGGGCGGCACAACGAAGGCAGACACCGCCGAUAGCUGGCAGCUCUUCACUGCCAGCAGAACAAGGCAAAGCACCAGCAGCUUCAU